CGAACCGGCGCCCGGCUGCCGCGGGAGCUGCAGCCGCGAGAGUGCGGCACGCGCCGGUCGCCCGCCCUGCCGGUCCCGCAGCCGCUGCUGUCCUUGCGCAUCACUUGGUUUUUACGAUUUUGCGUCCAUUUAUUUUCUGUUCCUCAGUCCUUUCUAAGGCGGCGGAGGCCAGGGCGACAGCAGCGACAGCGACCGCGGCGUGCGCGCGGGGCGGGAGGCGCGGCCCGAGGAUGCGCGCGGGACUGCGCUGGCGACGCCCGCCUCUGCUGCCCGGCUCGGGCCGGGACGCCGAGCAGGGUCCCGAGUGAUGGUGGCUUAUGCAGAGGACAGGCUGAGCCCUGCACGAGUGGUUAGCCCGGCUGAGCUGCUCGCCACGCCUGCUGGAGGGCGGGGGUGAACCUCAGGACCUCGACGUUGAACCCAAGAGGAAGCAUGUCUAAAAAAGCCCGGAGCAAGGGCGAGAAGCCCGAGAUGGAGAUGGACCCGGUGCAGAUGGCCAACGAGGAGCUGCGGGCCAAGCUGACCAGCAUCCAGAUCGAGUUCCAGCAGGAGAAGAGCAAGGUGGGGAGGCUGCGCGAGCGGCUGCAGGAGGCCAAGCUGGAGCGCGAGCAGGAGCAGCGGCGGCACACGGCGCACAUCUCGGAGCUCAAGGCCAAGCUGCACGAGGAGAAGACCAAGGAGCUGCAGGCUCUGCGCGAGGCUCUCAUCCGGCAGCACGAGCAGGAGGCGGCGCGCACAGCCAAGAUCAAGGAGGGCGAGCUGCAGCGGCUGCAGGCCACGCUGAACGUGCUGCGCGACGGGGCGGCCGACAAGGUCAAGUCGGCGCUGCUGGCCGAGGCGCGCGACGAGGCGCGCAGGGCCUUCGAUGGCGAGCGCCUGCGCCUGCAGCAGGACAUCUUGGAGCUCAAAGCGGCACGCAAGCAGGCGGAGGAGGCGCUCAGCAACUGCGUGCAGGCGGACAAGGCCAAGGCGGCCGACCUGCGCGCCGCCUACCAGGCGCACCAGGACGAGGCGCACCGCAUCAAGCGGGAGUGCGAACGCGACAUCCGCAGGCUGAUGGAUGAGAUCAAAGGGAAAGACCGGGUGAUCUUGGCCCUGGAGAAGGAGCUGGGUGUGCAGGCUGGGCAGACCCAGCGGCUGCUUCUGCAGAAAGAGGCUUUGGAUGAGCAGCUGGUCCAGGUCAAGGAGGCUGAGCGGCACCACAGCAGCCCAAAGAGGGAGCUGCCGCCAGGCAUCGGGGACAUGGCGGAGCUCAUGGGCAACCAGGAUCAGCAUAUGGAUGAACGAGAUGCGAGGCGAUUCCAACUAAAAAUUGCUGAGCUGAAUUCAGUGAUCCGGAAGCUGGAAGACAGAAAUACCCUGUUGGCAGAUGAGAGGAACGAGCUGCUGAAGCGGGCACGGGAGACUGAGGUGCAGCUGAAGCCGCUGGUGGAGAAGAACAAGCGCAUGAACAAGAAGAAUGAGGACCUGCUGCAGAGCAUCCAGCGGAUGGAGGAGAAGCUCAAGAACCUCACUCGGGAGAACGUGGAGAUGAAAGAGAAGCUCUCAGCCCAGGCCUCACUGAAGCGCCACACGUCCCUAACCGACCUCAGCCUGACAAGGGACGAGCAGGAGAUAGAGUUCCUGAGACUCCAGGUGCUGGAGCAGCAGCACGUCAUAGACGACCUCUCACUGGAGAGAGAACGGCUGUUGCGCUCCAAGAGGCAUCGAGGGAAAAGCCUGAAGCCGCCCAAGAAGCAUGUUGUGGAGACAUUUUUUGGAUUUGACGAGGAGUCCGUGGACUCGGAGACUUUGUCGGAGAUGUCCUACAACACAGACAGGACCGACAGGACCCCGGCCACCCCUGAGGAGGACUUGGACGAGAGCACGGCCAGAGAAGAGGCCGACCUGCGGUUCUGCCAGCUGACCCGGGAGUACCAGGCCCUGCAGCGGGCCUACGCCCUGCUUCAGGAGCAGGUCGGGGGGACGCUGGAUGCUGAGCGGGAGGCCCGGACUCGGGAGCAGCUGCAGGCUGAUCUGCUGCGGUGUCAGGCCAAGAUCGAAGACUUGGAGAAGUUGCUGGCUGAGAGGGGACAGGAUUCCACGUGGGUGGAGGAGAAGCAGCUGCUCAUCAGGACAAACCAAGACCUGCUGGAGAAGAUUUACAGGCUAGAAAUGGAGGAGAACCAGCUGAAGAGUGAAAUGCAAGAUGCGAAGGAUCAGAACGAGCUGUUAGAAUUCAGAGUGCUAGAACUCGAAGAGAGAGAGCGGGGGUCUUCAGCCUUUAACCUCCGAAUCACCGCCUUCCCCGAGAACAACAGCAGCGCCCUCCAGCUGUUCUGUCACCAGGAAGGAGUGAAGGAUGUGAAUAUUUCUGAACUUAUGAAGAAAUUAGAUAUCCUUGGCGAUAAUGGGAAUUUGAGAAAUGAAGAACAGGUUGCAAUAAUCCAAGCCGGAACUGUGCUUGCCCUGUGUGAAAAGUGGCUGAAGCAAAUAGAGGGGACCGAGGCAGCCCUGACCCAGAAGAUGCUGGACCUCGAGAAGGAAAAGGACCUGUUCAGCAGGCAGAAAGGCUACCUGGAGGAGGAGCUGGACUACAGGAAGCAAGCGCUUGACCAGGCUUACCUGAAAAUCCAGGACCUGGAGGCCACACUGUACAACGCACUGCAGCAGGAGCCGGGGCUUCGGGCCAGUGAGGCGCUGAGUGUGGGCCAGCGUGAGGACCUGCAGGCGGCUGUGGAGAAGGUGCGCAGGCAGAUCCUGAGGCAGAGCCGCGAGUUCGACAGCCAGAUCCUCCGAGAGCGCAUGGAGAUGCUGCAGCAGGCCCAGCAGAGGGUCCGAGACUUGGAGGCCAAGCUGGAGCUUCAGAAGCGGCAGCUGAAGGAGCUGGAGGAGAAGUUUUUGUUCCUUUUUUUGUUUUUCUCACUAGCAUUCAUUCUGUGGCCUUGAUGACUCCAGGGAGCUGAGCGCUCGGGAUAGAAAAAGAGCCUGCGGAAUAAACGGAAUCCCUUACGGCCACCCCAACCCUACUCAAACCCAAACUCAGCAGCAAAACAAGCUAUUCAAAGUCCAGAGACUGGAAACAGUAUUCAUAUUUAUUUGACAACAGCUUUAACGGGAGGCCUUUUGGAUGUCCCACUGGGUCCUGGCCAGCCCAUGCUGCAUGGGCUCAACAGGGACGAGGGGACCGUGUCCCACUUGGAGCUAGUGCUGUGUUCCAGCCGUGGCACCUUAGAGCCCGAGGGGCAGAGACCUGAACAUCAGGAAACUAAGUGCAAUUAACAGACAGCAAGGGGCUGGAGAGCCGCUGCAGGGUGGGACAGGCUGGAGUCUCUGUCCCUAUGCACAUACCUCCCCUGGUUGCGGUGUGUGUGCAGCUGGACGCACAAGCCCCCUCCACCCUGUGUACAUAAACCCCAUGAACCGUGCUGUGUCCACCCCAGAGUCUGUCUCUCAGGGUGACUCACACAGGUCCCUGGAUCAGAAUCCUAAGCCAGUCCGGCCCCGUCACCAGAACCCUCUAAACUGGAUGUAGCAGCAGCAGGUGGCUGGAGAGAGAGUUGGAGCCUGGUGGAGGUAGAAGGCCGGGUCCCUGGAGCCCCAGAUUUCCAUGGGAAGCUGAAGGAUGUGCCACUCUUGUGGUUCAACACAGCGAAAGCCCAAGAACAUGGUGUCCUUAGGGCCAGGUGGGUGGAGGACUGAGAACAGACACCACCAUCGAUGAGGUGACACUUGCCUGCCUCAUGGCUUGGUUACGGUUUUCACGGGACCACUGGGGAGGAGACCCCUGAAGCCCCUUGGGAAUGAGGCCCUUUCUGGGUCAGAGCAGGGGCACUGCCACAUCACACAGGGAGUACCCUGGAUCCUGAGCAGAGCAGGAGAGUUUGAGGGGUAGUGGAUGCGCCCGAGAGUGGGCGAAGGGCAGGCUGGGAUGGCCAGACACCAGCUGCCGGAAGUGGACCCCAGGAGGAAAUUCCGGAGUAGGGACAAGACAAAUGAACUUCAAAUGCCAUUCCUGCCAUUGUCCCAGGGUGGGACCCCCAGAAGGCACCUGCGCAGGUGGCUAUCCUCCCCAGAACAUGGGGCCGGGAGGAUGCCUGCUGUCAGUCUACGUGGUGUAGUUUGGGAGUGUGGACGAGAAGGAACCAGUGGCAGGCCAGGACACAGCACCUCACUGGCCAGGGAACAUCCAUGCUCUGUGUUUGCUGGCUAUGGGGCCACCUGUGAUUUCUCGUGACAACAACUUUGGAGGAAACAGAAAUGACUGAGAUUCAGGCUACCUUGAGAAACUGACAUUCUUAGAAGGCCAGAUGCAAGGGUGGAGAAGGAAGGACACGAACUCUGAGCAGGAUUUGGGGCUUGAAGCGGACACAGGCAGAACAGCUGAGACGUGCCGAUCUCUGUCAAAACCCAAGCCUCAAGCACCCACGACCCCGGCUGGUGGAGAACCAAGAUUAGGUGGCCAAAGGCCAUGGAGGUGACAUCCUGUGUGAAGGAAUGGAUAUGUGGGCAUCGAGGUGGGGUGCAGUCCCGGUGAGGGGAAGGAAAGCACAGCAUGGAGCUGUCACCGAGGCGCCUGCAGCUCUCUGCUCCUGUGGCAUGGAGGUCCUCAUGCCCUCUUGUCAAAGGACAGGGUAGCGUCUCUGUCUGCCUGGCUCUCCUCCUCAGACAACGUGUGACAGAGUGGCCUGGCCUUGGAGUCAGAUGCACCUUGUCACUCCCAGCCGGGCCACAUCCCUGCUGUAGACCUCGGCCACCUCAACAGCUGCACAGCUGGAACAGGAGUCGAAACAGCUACAUCUGACCCUAGACCACAGCUCAGGCCCAGGGAGUGAGACACACAUAGGCAGGUGUGGGAGCUGCUCGCCUCUGGAGCCCCAAGUUCCUAGUAGGAACGAACUUUUCUUGUCAUCAUCCGGGUCUCUGCUAGGGACAGGCCUGGGUAGAGAGCCGUGCCUGGGAUGGUGCAGAGCUGAAGGCCACCAGGUACAGUCUCCCUCCAUGACACCUGUGUCCAGGUGAGGCACAGCCUCAGGGCUGUGUUGCCUAGAAACAUCUAUGUAGUUUCCAGGGGAGGAGAGCUACAAGGUCAACCCCAAGGUCACUUUCUCAGGCAGAAAGGAGAGGGCCGGUGGACCCCUUCCCACAGUCCUCUCCCCUGUUCUUCAUUUACCCAUGCAGCCUGCACACCUGGGUUUCUGCUUCUCACCCUUACACCUCUAUCCUCUCCAGUCAGUGGCAGCCAGCCAGGGCUGGAACAGAGAAGCUGAGGAUGGGGAAGUCUCCCCACAACUGCCCUUCACUGUGGGGCUCCUGCUGGCCAUGGACAGGUUUUGACCCCAGCGUGGGCACUGUCACCCAGAAUAUGGGAGGCAGAACCUGUAACCCAGGCCGCUGUGUUUAGUGUCCACCCAGCCUGAGGUCCACUGUGUGCCUGCAGCCUGGGGCAGGGCCCUGGCGGAGCUGUGUCCACCCUGAGUUUCUCCCUUCCACAGGUUGGGGCUCAGUGGCUCCUACUUUCCCUGACUCCAUAACCAGCAGGUCCCAGGAGUCCCCCCAAUAUCCGAAGGACAAACUCCAAGAGACUGAUUUUAGUUUAUUCCUUACCUGUAGCUCGAACCUGCUAGGAGUGGGUCUUAAGUCACUUUUCUCAUUGCUGGGACAAAAUACCUGACACCUAUAACUUAGAGGAGGAGAGGUUUGUUUGUAGAAGUUUCAGUCUUUGCAUAGUCAGCUGGGUCCAAGGCAGGGCUGCAUGGCAAAGGCGCCUGGUGGAAGUGUUCGCAGCAAGGUGGACAGGAAGCAGAGAGCAAGGGAGGAGCCAGGGAGGGAGAUAAGCCGUUCCAGGCCAUGCCCUCGGUGACCCCCUCUUCUCACCAGGCCCCGCCUCCCCACAGCAAGUCAGCCAGAGCACCCCCAUAAUCCAUCACCUUCCAAAAGCCCUGCCUAUGAUCACAGCACACGAGUCUCUUGGGGGCUCUUGGGGCACAUCUAGCUAUAACUGUAACAGGGUGCCACACGGAGGGGGAACACCCCAGGAGCCAGUGUGGGCCCCUCUUCCUCCCUCAGCUUGUCGUGGGGCUUCUGCAGAUUCUAGCCCAUGCCCCAGAGUCCCCUGUGUGGCAGGUGGAGCCCAGGUCUCCAGGGCCUGGGCCUCCCUUCCCACUUCCCUCCUUGCCUUUCCAGGGUGCAGGUCCUGGGGCUCCAAGCCCUGCUGUCACCUGUUGCUUGUGUCCUUCCUGUGACCUCCUUCAGCAGCGGGGACCUCAUCAGGCUCCCAGGGGGCACAGGCCCUGUCCUUACAGCUGCUUCCUGUCCAUCUGCUUCUGUCCCCUCCAGAGCCCAUGGGGCAGGCAGGCUGGAGGCUGCGGGCUUGGCCUUCACUCGGCAGAGGAGGGGGCCAGUGAGUCACCUCCUUUCUUCUCCCCAUCAGGCAGAGGCCCAAGCUCCAGCUGCCUCUCCACCUGUGCAGGGAGGGGGAGCAAUGUGGGGAGAGGGAUGGAGCGGGCCCUGGUGAGGGUCUGGCUGUCUGAGACCUUCGGCUGCCAGGUCAUCCUCCUACAGCAGGGGCUGCUCCCCAGGUCCCUGAGGAAGACUUUCCCAGGCCAGGAAGCUGAAGAAAGCUUUUCUUUAGCCUGAAGAAAGAUUCAUGUCGAUGGCUCAGUGCUCUGUAUCCGGUUCCUCGCUCUGUAUCCUGGGUAGGAAAUAUCUGAAGACAGCACGUCUCUACUGAACAUCGACAGACGAUAUUUUCCUGAGCAAUCUGCAGGCCUUGCAGCCACCUCAAAAUCUCCAGAAACUCC